ACGCCGGGCGCAGGCGCAGAGAGCGCAAGCCCCGCGCUACGCGUCGCUGGUCCCCGGCGGCUAGUCGCCAGCGCGCCCUCCCUCCGCCCGCCGGUCUACAGCCCCGCCAAGCUUGCACAUGGAGGGGAGCGCGAGCCCCCCUGAUAAGCCCCGCUCCCGCCCCGCAGCUGCAGUGCUGUGCCGGGGCCCCGUAGAGCCGCUGGUCUUCCUGGCCAACUUUGCCUUGGUCCUGCAGGGCCCGCUCACCACGCAGUACCUGUGGCACCGCUUCAGCGCCGACCUCGGCUACAAUGGCACCCGCCACAGAGGGGGCUGCAGCAACCGCAGCUCGGAUCCCACCAUGCAGGAAGUGGAGACCCUUACCUCCCACUGGACCCUCUACAUGAACGUGGGCGGCUUCCUGGUGGGGCUCUUCUCGUCCACCCUGCUGGGAGCCUGGAGCGACUGUGUGGGCCGCCGCCCGCUGCUGGUGCUGACCUCGCUGGGCCUGCUGCUCCAGGCCCUAGUGUCCGUCUUUGUGGUGCAGCUGCAGCUCCAUGUCGGCUACUUCGUGCUGGGUCGCAUCCUUUGUGCCCUCCUCGGCGACUUCAGUGGCCUCCUGGCUGCGAGCUUUGCGUCCGUGGCAGAUGUCAGCUCCUGCCACAGUCGCACCUUCCGGAUGGCCCUGCUAGAAGCUGGCAUCGGGGUGGCUGGGAUGCUGGCAAGCCUCCUCGGGGGCCACUGGCUCCGGGCCCAAGGUUAUGCCAACCCCUUCUGGCUGGCCCUGGCCUUGCUGAUAGCCAUGACUCUUUAUGCAGCUUUCUGCUUUGGUGAGACCUUAAAAGAGCCAAAGUCUGCCCGGCUCUUCACUUUCCAUCACCACCGAUCCAUUGUCCAGCUCUAUGUGACUCCAGCCCCAGAGAAGUCCAGGAAGCAUUUAGCCCUGUACUCACUGGCCAUCUUCGUGGUGAUCACUGUGCACUUUGGGGCCCAGGACAUCUUGACCCUGUAUGAACUGAGCACACCCCUCUGCUGGGACUCCAAACUAAUCGGCUACGGUUCUGCAGCUCAGCAUCUCCCCUACCUCACCAGCCUGCUGGGCCUGAAGCUUCUGCAGCACUGCCUGGUGGACGCCUGGGUGGCCGAGAUUGGCCUGGCUUUCAACAUCCUGGGGAUGGUGGUCUUUGCCUUUGCCACCAUCACGCCGCUCAUGUUCACAGGAUAUGGGUUGCUCUUCCUGUCGUUAGUCACCACACCCAUCAUCCGGGCCAAACUCUCCAAGCUGGUGAGAGAGACAGAGCAGGGUGCUCUCUUUUCUGCUGUGGCCUGUGUGAACGGCCUGGCUAUGCUGACGGCCUCCGGCAUCUUCAACUCACUCUACCCAGUCACUCUGAACUUCAUGAAGGGGUUCCCCUUCCUCCUGGGAGCUGGCCUCCUGCUCAUCCCAGCCAUUCUCAUCGGGACACUGGAAAAGGCUGGUCCUCACCCUGAGUUCCAGCAGUUUCCCCAGAGCCCCUGAUCUGCCUGGAUCAGAAGACAGAGGGCAAGAGGAGCAAAGUGAACACCAGCCAACUGGAGGUCUCCAGCUGGGAGCCCCGCCCACAGCAGCACCACAGCUCCUUUCAAAGGGCCGCGCUCACUGUGGACGACGUGGUCAAGACAGACCAAGGCGCCACCCCAUCCAUAGCUGAGCCAGCCUCUGACUAGGAUCUAGAAUUAUAACCCAGACAGGCCCACUGCAGGGCAGGUGGCAGGGGAGCUAUUUGGGACAGGAGUCAGUUCUCCCUUUCUGUCAUCCAUCACUUACAACCCCUCAGGGCAGAGGAGAGGUCCUGAUGGAGGUGACACCUCAGGGACCAGAGGCAGCACAAGGGCUGGCAUCUCUCCUUCCAGCCCAAACUGCACAGCCCCAACCAGUUUCCCGACGUGUACAGUAGCCACCAGUCACUCAUUAACGAUGAAUAUGGUACCUGGUUAGUGCCAACCUUGGGAAGGAGGGAGGGAGAUGAGAGGAGCUUGGUGAUCUUCAGAGGAAGAGUGCUGCUUUCCCUGUGGUUAGGGAAUCGAUCCUUGGCUAUGGCCUACCCACUCCCUGGGCUCAAGAGUGCCAAUCAUUAUAAAUCAGUUUCAUCAAACUGAAA